CAAUCUCUCUUCUUCAAAUUCCUCCCCAAAAUGUCCUUUCCCAACAGUUCUCCUGCCGCGAAUACUUUUUUAGUCGAUUCCUUGAUCAGUGCCUGCAGGAGCGAUAGCUUUUAUUCCAACAGCGCCAGCAUGUACAUGCCACCCAGCACAGAGAUUGGGACUUAUGGGAUGCAAACGUGUGGACUGCUACCGUCUCUGGCAAAAAGAGAAGUGAACCAUCAAAGUAUGGGUAUGAACGUUCAUCCGUAUAUACCUCAAGUAGACAAUUGGACAGACGCAAACAGGUCGUGCCGAAUAGAGCAACCUGUUAGCCAGCAGGUCCCCACUUGCUCCUUCACUACCAAUAUCAAGGAAGAAACCAAUUGCUGCAUGUAUUCUGAUAAGAGGUCCAAGCUGGUGUCUUCUUCCGACGUCCCUUCCUACCAGAGGCUGGUCUCUGAUUCGUGUCCCAUUGAAAACCCCGAGGUGCCCGUCCCAGGCUAUUUCAGGCUGAGCCAGACCUACGCCGCGGGGAAAGCCCAAGAGUACAAUAACAGCCCCGAGACGAGUUCAACAGUCAUGUUACAGUUAAACCCUCGCGGCGCUUCCAAACCGCAGAUAGCUGCCCAACUUCCGAUGGAGAAGAAAAUGAAUGAAAAUCCCAACAGCAGCAGCAGCAGCUCUACCACCACCACCAGCAGCAGCAGCAACAACACCAGCAACACCAGCCACCCCCACCACCACCACCACCACCACCACCCGGACAACUCCGCCAAAGUCUCUCAAGUGGAAAGUCCCGAAGCCAAGUCCACGCUGCAGGACGACAGGAGCUGCCUGGCCGAAGCCUCGGUGUCCAGCCCAGAAACCCAAGAGAAAGAAAGCAAAGAGGAAAUCAAGUCUGAUACUCCAACCAGCAAUUGGUUAACUGCAAAGAGUGGCAGAAAGAAGAGGUGUCCAUAUACUAAACAUCAAACACUGGAAUUAGAGAAAGAGUUCUUAUUCAAUAUGUAUCUCACUCGAGAGCGCCGCCUAGAGAUCAGUAAGAGCGUAAACCUCACUGACAGGCAGGUCAAGAUAUGGUUUCAAAACCGCAGAAUGAAGCUAAAGAAGAUGAGCAGGGAAAACCGAAUCCGAGAACUGACCGCUAACCUGACCUUCUCUUAA